UUGAAAGCAUUUUUAAAGAAAUGUCACGUAGCGAAUUACUGUAAAAAAAUGAAACAAUUGUUGGAAAAAAUCGAAGAAAAUUCGAAAUACAUAACAGAUUUAAGAUCAAAAAAAGUAUUUAAUUUACAAGACAUUGGUGAGAUUAAAAAUUGGGAAAAUGGUGUAAAAGUAGAGGGUACAAAUUUAGCGAAAUAUUAUGAUUCCUGGAUUAAGAUACAUCAAGAUCAGAAGAUGAAAGAUAUAACGCAAAAUGAUGAAUUGGGUAAAUACGAUUUCCUUAAUUUGACAAAAUCUAAAAGGAAAUCGAAUGAAGAGGAUGCGAUGAGUAGCGAAGAGGAAAGUGAUUUUGAAUUACGAAUGAAAGGGGAAGGUGAAGAAAAUGAUGAAGACGUAUCUGUAGAAGGAUCAAAAAAUAAAAAAUUGAAAAGAAAGAAAAAAUCAACGAAGAGUAAAGUGUCCGCUAAGAAUGCAGUAGUUUAUCAAAACAUGACCGAAGAAGAUGAUGACGAUGACAGUAAAGAAGAUAUUGUUACUGAUAUCAUAGACCCGGAUGAAGUAGAUUAUUGAAAUGAAUAAUUUUUAAAAUCUAGUCUAACUUUUGGAAAAAACUAAAAACUAUCUGUUUAGAAAUACAAUUAAUAUCAAAUGUAAAAAAAUAUUUUCAAACUUAGAUAUAUAUCUCAUUUAUCUAUUAGCCCUAUUGAAGGGAACAAAAAAAAAAAGGACACUUAAUAUAAUAAUUUUCUAAUAAAACUAAUAACAAUAAUUAUCUAUAUACUUCUUUUUUCAAAUCUCUCUAUUUCUAUUCGCAUAAAGAAAUUUAUAAUCCCCGUCCAUUCUCUAUUUAUCUAACAAACACAAUAUAUUAUAUAUUAGAGUACAAUUAUAUACAAAAGUAUUACUCAAGAAGCGUGUGUUUAACGUGAGGUGAAUCAAGGGCAACUACCCCAGAAGAUUGUAAACUUUCUUAAACAGUCAAAGAGAGAGAGAGAGAGAGAGAGAGAGAGAGAUUAUGUCUGUAGCAGUUGAAUAAGAAUAAGAAUAAGAAUAAGAAACCAAUUUAGAAAACAUCGAAACAUAGAGAAAGGGAAGAGGAAGGAAAGAAGAAAGAAAGAAAGAGAAAAUGAGAUAAAGGAACGUGUAAGAUAGAUCUGUCGUGACGGCAGAACGAACGGGCCACCGAUUCCUGAGGUGUCGCUUUUCGAUGGUCUAUUUUUACCAAAGACGAGCCAAGGCAGUCGGGAAGUUGGUAUAGCGACGGUUGGUCGCUAUUAUAAAGCACGGGCCGAGCGUGUUGUAAUUCACCGCAUUGCUGAAAUAUUUGCGAAACGUCGAAAAAGAUCAGAGAAAUGGGUCGUUGAUCAGGAUCAAGUUAAAACACCGAAUACUCCAAUUGGUGUAACAAAAAUACCCACUAGUUAUCCCUAUCAAUCGGAGAUGAACGGUAAUGGUAAAUAUUCGACGUUGCAACAAUCAUCACCUUAUCAACAAACGGAUAAAUCAUCAUUUUAUAAUCCAUUUGCGGUGGAUCUUUCUUUAGAUAACAUCAAUCCUCAAGUAACGGGCAGGUCUCAUCAUAAUAAUAAUAAUAAUCAUCAUUAUCACCACCACCACCAUCAACAACAACAACAACAACAACAACAUCGUCAUCGUUCCUGCCAAUUAACUAACGAUUGCAAUCAUUCAACGCAAAUCCAAAAAAUUUAUUUACGAGAAGUGGCAGUCGGCACGGACACCGAUUUUCCAACAAUCGAAAACAAAUAUUAUGAAUCUAAUAAAAAACAACAAGACGUUGUUGUACGUCGUGGCAAUGGUUUCUUAAGCAACGGUGUUAAAUCAAUCAACAACAACAAUAACAACAACAACAACAAAAAUGUUGUUAACAACGUUGAAAGGCGUUUUAACAAGCUGCUCGGUAACAAAACUAACUCUAACAACGCAACGCAAAUUUCUAACACUAAUAACAAAGAAAUGAAAAUUAUUAUUAAUAAUAAUAACAACAACAACAACAAUAAUAAAAGCAACAGCAAAAGCAACAAGAACAAGAACAAUCGGGAUAGUAUUAAACAACGUUUUAGCAAUAAUUUUUCUCAAGAUAAUUUUAUUAACGAUAGGACAAACAAAUUGUGGAAUAAAAAAUCGCAAGUUAUUAAACACGAACGAGAUAAUAUUGAAAGAUUAUCGGACAGUGAUGAUGAUGAUGAUGAUGAUGAUGCUGCUGCUGCUGCUGCUGUAAACAACGAGUAUACACCUGUUCCCGUUAAACAAUUGAUUCAAGAAUUUGAAAAAACUUGUAGACCGGUUUUACAAUACAAACAAAUAAGUCCUAAAGUUAUUCCUAUUGUUAAACAAUGUCCUAUUGACACCGAUAUAGCUCGUUUCUUUCAAACUAGAACUAAUGUUAAAUAUAAUGAACAAAUAACACGAGAUGAUGUAGAAGAAGACGAUGACGAUGACGAAGAUGACGACGAUGACGAUGAAGAAGAAGAUGAUGAUGAUGAUGAUGAAAUCGAAGAAAAAUAUAUACGCAGACGAACGAGUCGUGAGACUAGACGGGAAAAACAGGAAAUUAUAAACAAACUACCACCAGCACAACAACAACAACCACAACAACAACAACCACCAUCAUCAGUAAUUCAUCGUCAAUUACGAAUCGAUAAUGGAUAUUUGUCAACCGAUGAAACAGAAUACACAUCUGAUUCGGAUUCAUUGCAAACAUAUGAUUACAAGGAUUACAAUAAAGACGAGACGUAUCGUUAUAAACAAAUAACAUCCAAUUUAAAUGGAAAUGGUUCAACGAUUAUCGAUCAAUAUUCAUCGAAUAUAAUUAACGACAAUGAAUAUUUAGAAAAACGACGAAGAUCAUCUGCAACGUCACAAGAAUUAGAAUCCUAUUGCAAUGGAAACGUUAAAUUUGUUAACGAGGAUUCUGUAUUACCUGCACAAGCUAAAUCAUUUUUAUUAUCUAUGGUUGCCUCGCAAGAUGACAUAUUAAAACAAAUCAAACAUCUACGGAAUACACCAGUAUUGGAUAAUCUUUUACCUGGUGGUGUUAUCACACCAGAACCCAAAUUUACUGACUCUUGUUCGGAAGUAGGCAAGUUAAUAAGCAUGCGCUUUUAA